AUGGAGGACCUAGAUUUACUUCAAGUUAGAUUGGAGAAGAAAUUGAGAACGAAAAAGUUUUUACUGGUUUUGGAUGAUGUUUGGGGCUUGAAUUCUUUGCAGUUUUGGGAUAAAUUCAAGAAGUGUUUUGAAUCAACAAAGCAUGGAAGUAAAAUCAUCAUGACAACUCAAAACGAAGAGGUUGCAGAAGUGGUAAGUGGUCUUCCAUCUUAUCACUUAAGAACCAUGUCUCAUGAGGAUUCUUGGCAACUGUUCCAAAAAUAUACCUUCAAAAGAUAUGGCUUUAACCAUGUGGAUCCAGAGUUGGAAAGAAUUGGUAGAGAAAUUGUUGAUAAGUGCCAAGGUCUUCCACUGGCAGUGAAGUCGCUCGGCCAUUUUCUGAGUAAUCAUCAAAACAGUUACAGUGCUAACGACAGGUGGAAGCAUUUACUUAAUAGUAAUGUUAGUGAUAUAUGUAACUUGCACAUAAAGGAGAAUGAUAUUCUUAAAGCUCUAUGGAGGAGUUACUACUAUUUACCUCCCCAUCUCAAGCAAUGUUUUGCUCACUACUCGAUAUUCCCAAAAGGUUACGAGUUCAAUAAGGAUGAUUUGAUCAAGUUAUGGAUGGCUAAAGACCUAUUGGAACCCCAAAAUAGCAUUGGGAUGGAAAAAGUAAGCAAAGAAUAUUUUGACAACCUUUUGUCAAGAUCGUUCUUUCAACAAUCUAUAAAGGGUGAUAAAUCACAAUGUCUCACAAUGCAUUACCUUGUGCAUGAUUUUGCUACUUAUAUUGCUGGAAAAUUUUAUUGUAGGCUGGAAGAUAGCAACUCAAUUAAGGAUCCAGAGGAGAUUAGACAUUGUUCAUACAUGGAUGUAUGCUUCUCUGGUGACAAGAAGUAUAAAGAUUUAAAAAGAGCUAAGCAUCUACGAACUCUUCUCUCAUUAUCAUCAUUGCAAUUGGAUUUUAACAAAAGAGAAUUGAAGUCAAACAAUUUGGCAUUGGCAAAGUUGUUGCCAGCAUUUAAAUGUUUAAGAGCACUCUCUUUGCUCAACUCUUGUAUCUCAAAGUUGCCUGAUUCAAUUGGGGAUUUGAAGCUCCUAAAAUAUUUGAACUUAUCAAGAAGUAAAAUCGAAGAGAUCCCUGAAACACUUUGCACUCUGUACAAUUUACAAACACUACUUUUGAAGGAAUGUAGAAGGCUUAGGAAGCUACCAAGCAAGAUGGGAAUGCUAAUCAAUUUGCGUCAUCUUGAUAUUUCAUAG